CGUGAGCGGCCGCCGCCAUGGAGGCUCUAAAGCCCAAGCUGAAAGUGCUGAAGAAGCGGCGCUCCAGCCUUUUUGCCACCGUCAAACGGGAAAAGAGCUUCUCGCAAAGCAUCGAGGAGCAAGAGAGCGAAUUCCCUUUUUCUCAGGACAGUUCGGUCAAGCUCUGGACGUCCAUGGACAACCUGGACGCCGCGGACGGUCAGGAAGCGCGCAGCAAAGACCCCUCGCCACUGAGGAAGGCAAACAUCGUCAACCUGAACGUGGGCGGCAAGGUGUUCCACAUCCCCAAACAUCUGGUCCUGCGACAUCCCAAAACCAGGAUCGGGAUCCUGGCCCUGUGCGAGGAUCCGGCCAAGCGUCUGGCGCUCUGCGACGACUACAACGUUCUGAACAACGAGUUCUUCUUCGACAGGGACCCCACGUUCUUCCACUACAUCUUCCACUACUACUGCAGCAACGUCUUGUGGGUGAUGGACAGCCUGUGCCCCGUCAACUUUGAGGAAGAGAUGGCCUUUUGGGGGAUGAAACUCAAGGACACCCCGAGGUGCUGCCGUAUUCUGUUUGAGGAGAAGGUGGACGACAUAAGAGACCAGCUGAAGGUCAACCGGGAGCUGAUCGACGAGAUCAAGCCUCACCAGGACGACGAGGGCUACAAGACCAUGUUCCUGGGCAACCUUCGGAAGAUCCUCUGGGACCUGAUGGAGAACCCGUACUCGUCCAUGUCGGCCAAAGCCUUCGCUGUCUUUUCCAGUCUCUUUGUGCUCAUCUCCAUCGUUUCCAUGACGAUGAACACGGUGGAAGAACUCCGCCGAUACAAAGUGGCCGGCAAAACCUACAUGGAGUGGGUGGAGAUCGCCUCCAUUCUCUUCUUCACCUUGGAGUACUUCCUGCGCUUGCUCACCACAUCCGACGUCAAGCACUUUGUCAAGAGCGCGCUCAACUUUGUCGACAUCGUGGCCGUCAUGCCCUACUUCGUCCAGAUCAUGUUUGAGACCUUUGUGAUCGAUUCGGAGGACGUGAGCGCGCAGGAAGAUUUGAAGGCCAUGGCGAGGGUCAGCAAAGUCAGCAAGGUGCUCAAAGUUAUUAAGCUGAUGCGCAUCUUCCGGAUCCUCAAGUUGGCGCGUCACUCCACUGGCAUGAGGGCCUUUGGCUUCACCAUCCGUCAGUGUUCCGAGCAGGUGUGUUGUCUGUUUCUCUUCAUCGCCAUGGGCAUCUUCACCUUCUCAGCUCUGAUGCAUUCGGUGGAGGUGGACCAGCCCGGAACGCCGUUCAGCAGCAUCCCGGACGCCUGGUGGUGGGCGGCGGUGAGCAUCUCCACCGUAGGCUACGGAGACGUGGUCCCCAUCUCCUAUCUGGGGCGCUGCGUGGCCUUCGGCUGCAUUUCCUUUGGCAUCAUCCUCAACGGCAUGCCCAUCUCCAUUCUUUUCAACAAAUUUUCCGACUACUACGCCAAACUGAAGGAGCAAGAAUACACGUUUUCAAACACCGAGCGCACGUUCCAGCUGAGGAGACGUCUGCAGAACAAGUGUAACAGCUGCUUGCAACCCCAGGCUGAGGACUCCGACGAUGAGCUCCACUAUAGGCCCAGUGGAAGGCAGACUACUUUUGAGGGGGAAGAGUAAAAAAAAAAAAAAAAUAAGAAGAAUAAUCACAAAACAGCCAGAGUGCAACCUCGCUAACCUGAAAUGGCCUUAAAUGCUUGCCACUCAAGUAGAAGGAUGCAUUGUGAACAAUACAAAGGCAGUGACGACAAUGACCAGACAAUACUGGUGCGAUGAUGGCUUACAAAAUGACAAAGAUGUUCAAAUGUGUAUUGUUGUAAAUAAUAAUGGUGAUAUAAAGAGGGAAGGUUAACUUAA